UGUCUUGUGUUUGUAGCCCACUCACACACCACACCGACCCACCCAGCCCAAGCGAGCGAGCCAGCGAGUGGGAGGCGGCGGAGGAAGGGCAGGACCAUGUCGUCGGCGGCGGGAGGAGAGGGGGAGACGGUGCGGGCGUCGCACAUCCUGAUCAAGCACGAGGGCUCCCGCCGCAAGGCCUCCUGGAAGGACCCCGACGGCCGCAUCAUCUCCGUCACCACCCGCGCCGACGCCGCCGCGCGGCUCCUCGACCUCCGUCAGCAGAACCUCUCCGGGGAAGCCGCCUUCGCCGACCUCGCCGCGCGCCACUCCGACUGCUCCUCCGCACGGCGCGGCGGCGACCUCGUUGGUUUUGAUGAUGGUGGAUCUUCCAAUUGUUUCAUAUUAUCAGUACCUUUGGGAGGGGACAGAUGCAGAAACCCUUCGAAGAUGCCACCUUUGCCCUCAAGGUUGGUGAGCUAAGCGACAUCGUGGACACUGACAGUGGGGUUCACAUCAUCCUGCGGACUGCCUGAGGAGAGGCGCACACUGUCAGCCGAAUGAUUUUUGAUAAGAGCUGAAUGGUUUUCGAUUAGGGCCUGUAAUUUUCUUUCUGGCAGCCUAAGUGCGUAACAUCCUGGACGAAGAUAAACCAUGUAUUGUCACAUGUUUGCCACAGCAUUUGUGCUUGUAACCUACAUUAUCGACGGACACGUGAGCUUCUUAAUGCCUAGUUGAUCUAGCGAUA